AUGCAGGGCAAGGCGGCGGAUCAUGUUGACGUGCUCAUCGUUGGAGCCGGCCCGGCUGGGUUGAUGAUGGCGACGUGGUUGGCAAAGUGUGGCGUUAAGACUCGAAUUGUCGACAAGAGAGGCACCAAGAUCUUCAACGGUCAGGCCGACGGUCUGCAAUGCCGUACUUUGGAGAUAUUUGACUCAUUUGGCUUUGGCCAUCGAGCCUGGAUCGAGUCAAACCACAUGCUGGAGAUUUGCCUCUGGAACCCCGACAAGGAUGGUGUCAUUCAACGGUCUUCACGCAUCGCCGAUACUAUUCCCGGAAUCAGCCGCUUCCAGCAGGUCGUGUUGCACCAAGGCCGAAUCGAACGUUUCUUUCUCGAUGCCAUGAAGGACUUCAGCGAGGGAGCUGUCUCUGUUGAGCGCGGCGUUUUGCCCACCAGCCUGGAAAUUGACACUGCCACUGUCGAGGAUCCAGAUGCUUAUCCUGUCACCGUCCAACUCCGACAUCUCGGCGAGGAGGAGUCGACGCCGAAGCAGACUGCCACCAUGUCCAAUGGCUCCUCGGUGCAGGAUGGCCUUUUCCGCAGCAACCUCGCAGCCGAUGAUACCGCAGACCUACUCAAAGCCGCUGAGCUCAACGAGAAGGCCAAUACUACCGAAGUCGUCAAGGCCAAGUACGUCGUUGGUGCCGACGGCGCUCAUUCAUGGGUGCGGAAGGAGAUCGGCCUCAAGCUCGAAGGUGAGUCGACAGACUACAUCUGGGGAGUACUUGACAUCGUCCCCAUUACCGACUUCCCCGAUAUCCGCAUGCGCUGUGCCAUCCACUCGGCCAGUUCCGGAAGCAUCAUGGUCAUCCCGCGCGAAAACAAACUGGUGCGCUUGUAUAUCCAGCUUACCACGACGGAAAAGAUUGGCGAGCAAGAUUCUCGCACCGAUCGUUCAGGGAUCACGCCAGAGGUCAUCUUGGAGUCCGCCCAGCGUAUCAUUGCUCCGUACAAGCUUGAUUACCGCAAGCUGGAUUGGUGGACGGCGUAUCAAAUUGGCCAACGUGUGGGCUCCAGUUUUGGCGUGCACGACAGAGUCUUCUUAGCUGGUGAUGCUGUGCACACCCACAGUCCCAAGGCUGGUCAAGGAAUGAAUGUCAGCAUGCAAGACUCAUACAACCUUGGUUGGAAACUCGCGAAUGUCGUCAAAGGUGUUGCAGAUCGGUCAAUCCUCAAGACGUACGAGAGUGAGCGCAAGGCCAUCGCGCACGCCCUCAUCAACUUCGAUCACAAGUUUUCUCGCCUCUUUUCUGGUCGUCCAGCUAGAGACAUCAUGGACGAGGAAGGCAUUAGCAUGGAGGAGUUCAAGAAUGCUUUCCAGAAGGGAAAUCUAUUCGCAAGUGGAAUUGCCGUUGAUUACGACAAGAGUGCAAUCGUUUCCAAGCCGGAUGCACCAGUGAACGCGGCGGGUGAUGUCGCCAGAUCUCACCCUCUUGCGACUGAACUCAACAUUGGCCAAAGAAUUCCAAGCGUCAAAGUAUUGAAUCAGUCCGAUGCUCGUCCAUGGCAGCUUCAGGAGCUACUUCGGAGCAAUGGCACUUGGCGAGUAAUCCUCUUUCCAGGAGACGUCAGCAAGACAGCCCAAAAGGACAGAAUGAACAGCCUCUGCGAAGCCAUGUCCGGCCCCUCGUCAUUCCUCAACCGCUUCAGGCCCGCUGGUUCGCGCUAUGAUUCAGUCAUCGAGGUGCUCACCGUCCAUGCGGCGAAGCGAGCCGACGUGGACAUCUUUGACUUUCCCGACGUUCUUCGGCCGUAUGAUGAGGUUGAGGGUUGGGAUUAUAACAAGGUCUUUGUCGACGACGAGUCAUACCAUGAGGGCCACGGGCAGCUGUACCAAAAUUUCGGCAUUAGCCGUGACGAAGGGUGUGUUGUUGUUCUUCGACCGGAUCAGUACAUUUCGUACGUCGGUAAGAUUGAUGACUACGGGUCAAUCGACAGUUUCUUUUCUGGAUUCAUGUUGCCCCAGAACACAGUGGAGGAGUCUAAAUAA